AUGGCAACGAACGAGAAGAGCUUGCCUUUUGGCAGGAUUGAGCCUUAUUCUACAAAGUAUUUCACCAGUUGUGCAUUGGGUGGUAUCAUCGGCCCAACACACACUGCCGUCACACCCCUCGACCUCGUCAAAUGUCGCCGCCAAGUCGACCCCAACAUCUACAAAUCCAACCUGUCCGCCUGGCGCUCCAUCUUCGCCAAAGAAGGUGUUCGCGGCGUCUUCUUCGGCUGGGCACCCACGUUCGUCGGCUACUCCUUCCAAGGAGCAGGUAAAUACGGUCUCUACGAAGUAUUCAAAUAUUGGUACGGCGAACAACUAUUCCCCAACACCAAUCGGACACUCGUCUAUCUGGGUGCUAGUGCCAGUGCCGAAUUCUUUGCGGAUAUGGCUUUGUGUCCAUUUGAAGCUGUCAAGGUCCGGAUGCAGACUACUCUACCACCUUAUGCAUCCACACUCCGCGAAGGAUGGAGUAAAGUUGUGGCUAAGGAAGGAAUGGGCAGUUUGUAUAAAGGGUUGUACCCGCUCUGGGCUCGACAGAUUCCUUAUACCAUGACCAAAUUUGCUACCUUCGAGGAAGUAGUGAAUAUGAUUUAUCGGAGUUUGGGUGGUCCAAAGGAGAGUUAUAGUCGGUUGACGCAGACGGGGGUCAGUUUUGCUGGUGGUUAUCUUGCUGGUAUUUUGUGUGCUAUUGUCAGUCAUCCGGCCGACGUUAUGGUUAGCAAAUUGAAUGCGGAACGGAAGGCUGGCGAGGGUGCAAUGACCGCCGUGUCACGCAUAUACAGUAAGAUUGGUUUCUCUGGAUUGUGGAAUGGAUUGCCCGUGAGAAUUGCCAUGUUGGGUACUCUGACUGGUUUCCAGUGGUUAAUCUACGACUCGUUCAAGGUCUUUUUGGGUCUUCCCACAACUGGUGGACAUUGA